CGCCCGGGCCCGGCUCAGCUCCGCCGCCCCUCUUCGGCUCUUCGCCGCGCGAUGGCCCCGUUCCGAACGGAGCGCACUGCCGGUGGCCAGCGGCUCCAAGCGACCCGCGCCGGGCGGCCGGCAGCGCUCCGCCUCCUCGUCCUGCUGCUGGGCGCUGUCCUCAACCUCCAGGACUCCAUGGCUCAGCCUUCUCCCACCCUGGACACCUUGAAGUCAGAAGGCAGGGGCUCCACCUUGGAAGUACCUGGCCAGAAGGUUUUGAGGGAGGACCAGGGGUAUGGUCAUUGUGCAGCAUCUGUACCCACAGGGAAGAUGGUGGAGGACUAUGAGGCAAAUGUUCUUCAUUGCUGGAAUGAUUAUAAGAGUCAUAUGGACUCCAUCGAAAAGGAUUGGUGUGACUGGACCAUGAUUAGCAGGCCUUAUAGUGACCUGCAGUAUUGUUUGGAGUACAAAGCAGAGGAGUUUGGCUUGGGCUUUCCCAAUCCCUGGGCAGAGAGAAUCAUCUUUGAGACCCACCUGAUCCACUUUGCCAACUGCUCCCUGGUGCAGCCCACCUUGUCUGAUCCCCCGGAAGAUGUGCUCUUGGCUAUGAUCAUAGCCCCCAUCUGCCUUAUUCCCUUCCUCGUCACUCUUGUGGUGUGGAGGAGUAAAGACAGUGAGGCCCAGUCCUAGCGUGGAGCAAGCUUCUCAACAGUCAUCUUUCUCCUCUCCCCUGUCCCCACCAGGUCUCUCUCCUACCCUUCUUAUCCCAUUCUUUCACUCUCAUCCCCACUGCAGAUCCUUGGACUGAUAAAAAAUGGUCUCCAGGUGGGGUCGUGGACAAUUUCUG